CAGAUUACUGACUAACGCUUCAAGUGCAAUGCAAAUUGCUAGACAAGCUUUAAAAACAUCUCCUUUGAAACGUUUUUCCACCAACACGUGUAGCCGAGUAAUUUUCCUGUUUUGCCAGAAGAAAAGGCGCUGCUUCCACGAAAGUUUACAAAACCGCUGACGAAACGUCAUCUGAAGCCCACUUGACAGCCAGCUGUGCGUUGUCAACAAUUUCAUGCUUUCUCGCUCGCUCUAUCGCAACCGUGUAUCGACGGGGGGUACGCAUGACAGCCAACGCAAAACACAGCUGGCCUGAUUGCUUUGACAGCUCACCGUACACACACACUAACGUAGCAGGCUAGAACACGCACACGCGCGCACCGAUAGCAUUGAGACGUGGUCAAUGUAAACGCCAGUGGAUGCUUCGUGGACACAUAUUGGGUUGAAGCUUGUGCGGGAAGAUACCUCACCACAAGGAUCGAGUGUUUUCUCCAGUGCAGUUUCCGGUUGCCAGCCCAUUUAUACAAAUUCAGAACGAACGGGUACCAGGUAACGCCAUCUACAAGAUGUGUGAUGUGUGUACACGACUGCAUUUAUUAUCGACACAUCGUCCACGCAUCGAUACCGAUCAGUAACCGGAAGGCAAUCGAUGCAAGUGUGUGAUACGGUGCGAAUCUAGAUUAGUGGCCGCGAUACCGUACGGUUGCCAACCAUCGCACAUCCCCUUUGAAUCAGCAUCCGGCCUUGGGCCAUCACCGUUUCAGGGCGCGGUAUCGUGUUCGGUUACCCUGUCUUGUAUGUAAAAAUAAAACGACGUCUGUCAAAAAGGUGCGUUCUGGUUCGACGUAUACAAAACUGCGUACGAAACUAGUACCAGGUCGUCCGAGAUAGUGCUGCGAUCGCUUUCACCAUGGCGAUGCUGCUAAAGCGACCGAUCGGAACGCUCGUUAGCGGGUUGCGCAGCGUUGGUGGCGGCAAUCGAAAUGGUGGUGGCAACACACCAUUACUGGACGGCGGGUAUACGAGCGGAACGGGCGGUGGUACCGCAGCACCGGGUCACGACGGAGGAAUGCGCCAAACGCUGACGAUCGUUUUUCUCUGCAUCCUGUGGUACGUCGUGUCUAGCAGUAACAACGUUAUCGGCAAGAUGAUACUGAGCGAGUUUCCCUACCCGAUGACGGUGACGAUGAUACAGCUGACAAGCAUUACCGUGUACAGUGGACCGUUCUUCAAUCUGUGGGGCGUUCGGAAAUAUGUUGACAUAUCCUGGCGCUACUAUUUCACCUUUAUCGUGCCGUUGGCGCUGGGGAAAUUUUUGGCCUCGGUAACGUCACACAUUUCCAUCUGGAAGGUGCCAGUUUCGUACGCUCAUACAGUGAAAGCAACGAUGCCACUAUUCACCGUGAUACUGUCGCGUAUUAUAAUGCGCGAACGGCAAACCAAAGCCGUGUAUCUGUCACUGAUGCCGAUCAUCGUUGGUGUGGGCAUUGCGACACUAACCGAACUAUCGUUCGAUGUUAUCGGGCUGAUCAGUGCACUGAUCGCAACGAUGGGCUUCUCACUGCAGAACAUCUUUUCCAAGAAGGUGCUGAAGGAGACGGGCGUUCAUCAUCUACGGCUGCUGCACAUACUCGGCCGGUUGGCCCUGUUUAUGUUUCUGCCGGUGUGGAUCUACGUCGAUCUGUUUAACGUGAUGAAACAUCCAUCCAUUGUAACGGGUGACUAUCGGGUGAUUGCGCUGCUGUUUACCGACGGUGUGCUUAACUGGUUGCAAAACAUACUCGCGUUCAGUGUGCUGUCGUUGGUGACGCCCCUGACGUACGCGGUCGCAAGCGCCAGCAAGCGCAUCUUUGUCAUUGCCAUCUCGCUGUUCGUGCUGGGCAAUCCGGUAACGUGGCUGAACGUGCUCGGCAUGCUGGUAGCGAUACUCGGUGUGCUGUGUUACAAUCGGGCGAAAUAUUUUGCCCGCCGUCAGGACACGCUACUACCGUACGCAUUCAAUGCGAAGGAGUCCGGUGAUACGAAGGGUUCGACCACGCUUGCCAGCCACGGUAAUGGCCGGCGGUAUCCGUACGCUCCCCUCCACGCUAAUGGCGGUGUAUCGGUACCGGAGAAUGUACUGCUAGCGAACGGUACGGCCAACCUCGUGCCAGUGGCAACCCAUCCACACAGUGGACCGCUCGGUGUAGCACCGACAAUCCCGAUCACAACGUCCUCGAACAUGACUACGUCCAGCAGUACCAAUGGUAGGUUACUGUUCGUUUAGGCAGGCGUGCGGUGACAGGUUGCCCUCCCCUAGCCCAUUUGGUGAUGCGGACGAACUGAAGAACGGAUACCUGAGAUACCAUACCAGCAAGAGCACGUGGUGUAGCAAAUUAGUAGGGGACGCAACAUGGAACAACCGGUUAGCACGGUAGUAAUUUAUACAUAUAUCCUAAAUAAUAACGACUCCGGAAGAACCGACGACCAGUGUGCGACAUUGGCAACACUUUUUGUAAUAUAGACACAGACAGACACGUACACACACACAUACACCUGAUUUAUUGUACUAGUGGGAAGGAAGUAUUAGCAAGCAGCUGAAGGAUAACAAAAUGGAAUAUAUUGAUUUGCUUUCAUCUUUAAGCUCGCCGAUAAACCAGUGAGAGUUUGCUCAUUAUUGAUUGCUACAUUUAAACCAUUUUCCGCAAGUUAAGAUGCUUCAAAUACUAGUAUCAAUUUACAGCUAGAGAAAGGAAUCUAAAACACACAUUAGAACAAACGCAAUAGAGAGGCAAUUAAUUUUCUUCAGACAGACAAGACAGUAUUUUCUGAUUAAGUUUUUGUUUUGUUCCGUUUAAAACAACACAACCCCGUUUAGCUCCAUGCGUCUGAUUUUGUUUUUUUUUUAUUUUCCUUCUUAAAAAUGUGUUAUAUCCAUCCUCUGCAAGGGAACCACGAUUUAUAGCGUAUAUUGUUAUGCAAAUGUACAUAGUUAGGGAACCGUUGAAAUACGAAUCUGUCGGAACUGAAUGUGUGAUGUAAGGCUUUGUUGCGUGUACGUUCCCUUCCAACUAGGUGUUCCUUUCCUUCGAUCCUAUUCGUUCACAGUUAUCUGUUUAUUACUUUUGUAUUAUGUUGUGUUUGUUCACGAUCUAAGCAAUAUUAGUUUUACGCUUAUAUGUCCAACAUCAUUGUAUUACCGUUGCUCUCCCUAUACGGGCAUCGAUACUUAGACGCUGGUUACAGUACAAGCUGCUUGCAGUAGCUAAUGGGGCGAGACAAUGAAGCAACACACACAGAAAAAAAAAUCACAAAAGUCAUCCAUCUGGUUUUUGCUCAGCAGUUUUAUUUUGCUUUGUUUUAUUAACUAUUUUUUUUUAUUGUAUAUUCCAUUUUAUUUUAAAUAUUGUUUCCUCCCUUUCCCCCCAAAUAUUGUUAGUAUAAAAUCAACCCACAACCUACCCCACUCUCGAUGGAUGGGAAGACGAAUUUAAUGUAAUAGGAAAAAAAAUAUAAAUAUAUCUUCUAGACAAUUUCGUUAACCAGUUUGCUUUCCUGAAUGUUAUUUAAAAAUGCGCAAAAAUUUGCUUAGCAAAACAAAAUAAUGAAAAUGUAAUGCGGAAUGGUGCUGCUGUACUAAAUGAAGCAAAAUGAAGAAGAACAAAAAUUCAAAUGAAUGUAACUGAAGAUUGAAUGGCUAUGAGUAGUAAUAUCUUCUAUAGCAAGUGGUUAUUUUGCAAAACAAAAAAUUUUCUUUUUCUUAUUUGUUUGACUGUGGAAAUAAAUUCAUUGGUUAAUGAAUAAUGAUAUAAAAUGUAA